CUCCCCAGCUUUCUGAGGAUGAUAACCAGCUGAGAAGCAAACAAGACAACUGUGGUGACAGUCGCCUGGAGCCUGCCACCAGCCCUUCCCCCCCCAGAUCACAAAAACAUGGAAAUUGGGGUAUCUGUGGCAGAAUGUAAAAGUGUACCUGGAAUCACCUCAACCCCUCAUUCCAAGGACCACUCCUCCCCUUUCUAUUCACCCUCACACAAUGGCCUCUUUAAUGAUCACCGUGAGUCCUUAGAUAAUGAUGUCGCCAGAGAGAUCCAAUAUCUAGAUGAGGUGCUGGAGGCCAACUGCUGUGAAUCUUCUGUGGAUGGAACUUACAACGGAAUCUCUUCCCCAGAGCCUGGUGCAGCCAUACUGGUGAGCAGCAGCUUAAGCUCACCGGCCCACACAGCCACCCAGGCAGAACUCACUGAGAAAGCAUCUGGCAGGCAGGUGCCUCCUCACAUUGAGCUCAGUAAAAGCCCCUCUGACAUCAUGGCUGAAGGAGAAAGAGCCAAUGGCCACUCCACUGUCCAGCCCCAAGACAUGCUGGGGGACAGUUUGCAGGCACCUGCCAGCCCCAGUUCCUCUACCAGCUCCCAUUGCUCCUCCCGAGAUGGGGAGUUGACACUCACCACACUGAAGAAGGAGGCCAAGUUUGAGCUGCGUGCAUUCCAUGAGGACAAGAAGCCCUCUAAGCUCUUUGAGGAGGACGAGCAUGAGAAGGAGCAGUUCUGUGUCCGGAAAGUGAGGCCCUCCGAAGAGAUGCUGGAACUGGAGAAGGAGAGGAGGGAGCUCAUUCGUAGCCAGGCUGUGAAGAAGAAUCCUGGCAUUGCCGCCAAGUGGUGGAAUCCCCCCCAGGAAAAAACUAUCGAAGAACAGCUGGACGAGGAACAUCUGGAGUCACACAGAAAGUACAAGGAGCGCAAAGAGAGAAGGGCACAGCAGGAGCAGCUACAGUUGCAGCAGCAGCUACAACAGCAGCAGCAACAGCAGCAGCAACAGCAGCAGCAGUCCCCGCCCCAGCUCCGCACAGCCCCAGCUUCUCAUGAACACCUAGACGGCACUGAGCACGUGAAGGAGGAUGUCGUCACUGAGCAGAUUGACUUCUCUGCUGCGCGCAAGCAGUUCCAGCUGAUGGAGAAUCCCAGACAAACACUGGCCAAGGGCCAGAGCACACCAAGGCUCUUCUCCAUCAAGCCUUUCUACAGACCUCUUGGGUCCAUCAAUUCAGACAAGCCACCGACCGUCUUGCGACCAGCUACUAUCGGGGGCACUCCAGAAGACAGUGGCAUACAGGCAGCCAAGGGGCAAAAAGCACCCUGUGUAUCCGAGAGCCAGUCUGCAGGAGCAGGUGCAGCUAGCACUUCCACUCAGGGAAAGGAAGGGCUGUACAGUGAGCCUUCCAAACGUGGGCCCUUAUCGAAACUGUGGACAGAGGACGGAGAGUUCACGAGUGCCCGGGCCGUCCUUACUGUAGUCAAGGAUGAAGAUCAUGGGAUUCUGGACCAGUUUUCAAGAUCGGUCAAUGUAUCUUUGACCCAAGAGGAGCUGGACUCGGGUUUGGAUGAGUUGUCAGUGAGGUCUCAGGACACCACUGUCCUGGAGACUCUGUCCAAUGACUUCAGUAUGGACAACAUAAGUGACAGUGGGGCUUCCAAUGAGACACCCAAUGCCCUUCAGGAAAACUCACUGGCUGAUUUCUCUCUGCCUCAGACUCCCCAAACGGACAACCCCUCAGAAGGCCGAGAAGGGGUCUCUAAGUCAUUCAGCGAUCACGGUUUCUAUUCUCCUUCCUCCACACUGGGAGAUUCCCCAUCAGUUGAUGACCCCUUGGAAUAUCAGGCUGGGCUCCUGGUGCAGAAUGCCAUUCAACAAGCCAUAGCCGAGCAGGUGGAUAAGGUUGAGCAGGUGGAUAAGGCUGAGCAGCAAACCAGCAAGGAGGGAUCGGAGCAGCAGGGACCUGAAGCAACAAUGGAGGAAGCCGAAAGCCAGGCUCCCACCUCCGAGAAGCCCCAGAGCAUGUUCGCACCACCUCAGGUGUCCUCUCCUGUUCAAGAGAAAAGGGAUGUAUUACCAAAGAUCCUCCCUGUGGAGGACAGGGCACUCAGGGAAAAGGGAUCCUCCCAGCCACUGGCAGCUGUGCAGCAGCCCAGUGGGCCAGUCAACAUGGAAGAGACCAGGCCUGAAGGAGGCUAUUUCAGCAAAUACUCAGAGGCAGCCGAGCUGAGAAGCACAGCCUCCCUCCUGGCUACUCAAGAGUCUGAUGUCAUGGUUGGGCCCUUCAAACUGAGGUCAAGGAAGCAGCGGACUUUGUCCAUGAUUGAAGAAGAGAUCCGAGCAGCCCAGGAAAGGGAAGAGGAGCUGAAGCGGCAGAGACAAGUAGCGCAGAGCACCCCCAGCCCCAGGGUCAAGAACGCCCCAUCGCUGCCUUCUAGAACUGCCUGCUACAAAACUGCUCCAGGGAAAAUAGAGAAAGUCAAACCUCCUCCAUCCCCCACAACUGAAGGUCUCAGCUUGCAGCCUGACUUAGCCCCUGAAGAGGCUGCCGGAACCCAGCGGCCCAAGAACCUGAUGCAGACCCUCAUGGAAGACUAUGAGACACACAAAUCUAAAAGGCGGGAGAGAAUGGAUGAUAGUAGUUACACCUCUAAGUUACUGUCUUGCAAGGUGACUUCCGAGGAAGUAGUUCUUGGAGAAUCAGGCCCCACUCACAUCUCCUCAUUGAGUCAGUAUGGUUUAGAACAGAGAAACUCUGGACAAGAAUAUGCAAGGAGGAUCAAAUUGGGUCCAGUCAAUCUCCAUUGUUUGGCUGUAUGUACAUCAGAGGCCUACUGGCCACAUGUGGAUGGUGGCACCACUGUGGAUGGCACAGAUGAACAGUUUCAGUAUGUCAUAAAGGUCUGUGCUCAACAGGACCAGGAGGCUGAUAGAGAGAGCUCCUGUAGAAUAUUCAGCUCCGGGAUACAG